GUUCUUAAGUACUUCCUUAAACAUUUAAAUGGACGAGAAAGCUAUAAAAUAACAAUUAACCUGAAUAACGUUUUAUGACUCUCAAUAUAGUUUGUUACAUCAUCACGUGACGUUACUGUCAAUGCGAAGCCCAUACGUCAAACCAGGAAAACAAACCGCAGUCAGAUCAACUGUACCAGACAGAAGAGCUACAGGUCCGUCAGACACGUACGUCUCAUUUACUCUGAAGUACAUCAUGGCAGGUUUUUUACACCCACAGCUGCUGCUGUCCAGGCAGUACUGCAGAGUUUUCUCUGUUUUUAACUCACAAAUCCACACCAGCUCUGGACUGGCUGCCAAGGACCACUACAAAGUUCUUGUGCUCGGCGGCGGGAGCGGUGGAAUAGCGAUGGCCGCACGGUUGAAAAAAAAGGUCGGCGCAGAAAAUGUGGCCAUUGUGGAGCCUAGUGAGAUGCAUUACUAUCAGCCUAUAUGGACAUUAGUUGGCGCAGGGGCUAAAAGUGUUGCUUCCUCUGGACGACCGACCUCGAGCGUGAUACCAUCAGGAGUGACGUGGGUCAAGUCUAAAGUGGCCGAAUUUGACCCGGAAAAAAACACUGUCCACACAGAUUGUGGGAAGAAGAUUUCCUAUGAUUAUCUGAUUGUGGCUUUGGGCCUUGAGCUGCACUAUGAAAAGAUCAAGGGCCUGCCGGAGGGAUUUGAACACCCCAAAAUUGGUUCAAACUACUCCUUGAAAACAGUGGAAAAGACGUGGGAUGCAUUGAAGAGCUUUAAGGAGGGAAACGCUUUGUUCACCUUCCCAAACACUCCAGUUAAAUGUGCCGGAGCUCCUCAGAAAAUCAUGUACCUCUCGGAUGCCUUCCUGAGAAAGACUGGAAAAAGGUCCAAAGCCAACAUUAUUUUCAACACCUCCUUACCAGUGCUGUUUGGCGUCAAGAAAUACGCUGAUGCCUUGUGGGAGAUUGUGAAGAAACGGGACCUUAAUGUGAACCUCAGACACAACCUCAUCGAGGUCAGAGCCGACAAACAGGAAGCAGUUUUUGAGAAUCUGGACAAACCUGGGGAAACAGAGGUUUUCAAGUAUGAGAUGCUUCACGUUACCCCACCGAUGGGACCUCCCGCAGUGCUAAAAGGCUCUUCGCUGGAUGACGCUGGUGGCUGGCUGGAUGUUAAUAAAAACACUCUUCAACACAAGACAUACGACAACGUGUUCGGUAUCGGAGACUGCACCAAUCUACCCACAUCCAAAACAGCGGCAGCAGUAGCUGCACAGUCUGCAGUCCUCGACCGAACUGUCAGCAGAAUCCUGAAGAAACAGACACCGGAUAAGGCGUAUGAUGGCUACACCUCAUGUCCUCUGGUUACAAGCUACAACACAGUGAUUUUGGCAGAGUUUGACUAUGACGGUCAGCCGCUGGAGACCUUCCCUGUUGUAGACCAGAGUAAAGAGAGCAGGGUCAUGUACCACAUGAAAGCUGAUGUCAUGCCUCAUUUGUAUUGGCACGGACUCCUCAAGGGGAUUUGGGGAGGCCCAGGACCAUACCGGACCAUGAUGCAUUUGGGGAUGAAAUAGAGCAAUAGAACAACAGAGCAAAGCUGCAUUCAUUGUCAUUAUAAAAAAUAUAUGUAUUUGUGUGAUAUGCCUGCUUUAAAAUAUAGUUUGCUAACGAUUUUUAAUAAUAGUGCUGUUUAUUACUUUUUACAUAUAUCAUGUUCUUGACAUCAUGAAUAACUCUUUUACGUAUAUCAAGUAGAUGCCAAUAUCUGAAAAUAAAAAACAAGUUCUUUAUGAA